AUGAGACAAACCGUUGCUGUCGGUGUCAUCAAGGCUGUUGAAAAGUCUGACAAGGCUGGUAAGGUCACCAAGGCUGCUCAAAAGGCUGCGGCUAACAUAUUUAUUCUAAGACAGCGUGUUGUUAAGACAAAGUUGAAAGGUGCCGUAAUCUUAAAGCAAUAA